AUUGAUUAGCUUGUGUUCAUUUUUUUCUUUAUGUUCGAAUGUGUAAAGUUGUUAGAUCCAUAUUAGUGUGCCAUUUGACUGCAUAGCUUGUCAUAGAUCAGAAUGAAUCUUUGUAAAUAUUUAGAAGUACACACAUUGAUUGGCGACUAAUUUACUGUUUAUAUGCCUCCAUGCCUCCAAAAUUAAAUAUAGGACUACAGCUAACGGCGCUUUCAAAUGACGUUACUAAAUAUCCUACCAACAGAGUUCCACAGCUGGAUGUACCCAUAAUUAAAAGGAUCCCAGAAGACUUGCAGAAAGAAAUAACUAAAGAGAGUCCGGAGGAUUGCCUCCCACUACCAAUAAAGCCAGAAAAGACACUGUUUAACAUUUGGGAGGAGACCAGAACCCAGACAGAAAUCAAAUGGAACAAACCAGAAAAUUCGGAUUGCUUUACUUCAGUCUUUUAUGAAAUACAGAUCCGUGUAGGAGACAAUGACUGGUUGGAUUUGGCAGAGAAUAGACAUUCAUACUAUCGAGUUUAUUACGCAGAAGGGGUGACAAUUUUUGGAAAAACCAAAAUUAAACAGGAGACGAUAACCCAUUUAGUCCAGUUACGGAUAAGGCCUGUGGGGGUUAUUACAAGGAAUAAUAAAGAAGUAAAAAUGCAUGGCCAUUGGUGUGAAAAUAUUUUGUUUUCCAUAGAAGCCAAGAAUCCAGUUAACCACAUCCAAAAUACAGAACUAGGAAUACACUAGGAUACAAAUAUAAUACUGGUACUGGUCAUAUGUUCCUGACCCUAGUCAGUUGGCUGCAACCAAUUAAUUCAAUAACUUUACAAGCUCGUAAAAUAUUUAAUUUCUUCGUUUCUUCAAUAAUAACAUUUUGAAGACAAAAAAUCAUCUUCUAAAACAUGAACCAUUUGUCCAUAGAUUAAUCCAGGAGCAGAUUUAAACAAGUCGAGGUCCCUGGAUAGGAUUUAUGUGAAAGUUCCAACCCACUUUCAAAGACUUAAUACAAAUACACUUAAUUAAUAUUACUAAAUAUGGGCUAUCAUGAUUUUGUAAAAAGUAUCAAGUGUCAAUCUGUUUCAUUGGUACAGAUUAAAAUAUUUUAAAACAGAAUGUCAUCUAACUGAAUAAUGAAUUCUAGUAAAUCAGAUUAAUGCUAUAACAUUAAAAACAGUCUCGUGUAAAUGUACCAAUGCUGUGUUAAGGCCUAAAGAUAAGGUAUUUUACAAGACUUCGUAAAUUAUCUCUUUUAACUUAUGUCAUCCUUAAUCUUCAGAGCCAAGGACAUUGCCAUUAUUACAUCUGAAAAUGUAUCAGAAACUUUUUUUUUUCACCAGAACAGAAUUUUGUUAACCUAAGUGAACACAUCAUAUUUUAUCAAUGGUCCAGUGAAUGAAUGAAUGAAAUCCUUUCACUAUGGUCUUCCAUGCUUCUCUUAAGAAUUUUAUAGAUUUGAUAAUGUAUCAACUCUCUUAAAAGCUAGAUCCAUUUAAAAGUUAUUUAAAGAUGGGAGUUUGAAGAUGCAAAUUUUAGGUCUUACUUUCUUUUUAUACAUCUUUUAAAAUGUAUUUUUCUGCAUGUUCCUAUUUUUGUAUAUUAAACUUGUGGAGGUCCCCCAACCUUUAAGACUAAGACCCGCAGGACAACUGCACUGUCUGCUCUGCCAUAAAAUAGUCCAUGCUAUAUUUUCACAUCACUAUUUCCUAUUCAUUGCAUACAAUCUAAGUGGACAAGGCAAUGGUAAUAGUAAGGCAAUAGUACACAAACAUGGCAUGAUUUUUUUAGAAGACUAAUCAUAUAACAUCUUCAAAUAGUGUCUUUAUUUUUUUCUAAAUGACAGAUUCUAUUUAAACUAUCUUCCAGAAGUCUUCAUAUGCUUGAACAAAAUUUUUUGUUAUGAAUAUCUGGGUCUGACAAAAUGGCAAAAGAAACUGAAAAAUGCAAAGUGUAUGUCUAAUACAAUUUGAAUGUAAAAUAAAAUUACAAAAUGUG